UACAAUAUCUUGUAUGCCUUCAUCUUACUCCCAUUCUCAUAGGCAAAUUGGCAUGUCCAAGUUUUACGACUUUCCUUGGAAAUCCUUCUGCGCUAGCACUGCAAGGUGAACAUCUCUGCUCUCACCAUUCUAUCAUUAUGCUUUUCCCUUUCAAUUUCCUCCAGGGCAAGCAUGUUGUCUAUUGAUCCUCAAGUCCUCGUUUGACCUCAUUGUCAUCAUGCAAACAAUGGUGUUCCGAGAACAAACAAUGGUGUUCCGAGAACGCCAGUCCUUCCCAUCGACAUCAUCAUGGAGGAAGAGAGGUAAAGAUGAUUACUCAGCAAGAGCUCUCCCCCGCUCUGUAAUGGGAAACGGAGGCAUGUACCUAUGGAUGCAUUUCCUAUUAGUCCUGGUCGCGGCCAUGGCCACUUCUUCGCAUGGUGAUCUGUCGGCAGACUCUCACUGGCUACUUCAGAUAAAAGAUCAACUGAAUGAUACAAGAGGAAGUAUAGUGAGUUGGUCAUCUGAAACAGAGGUCUGCAGCUGGAAUGGCAUAACGUGCUCUCCUGACAAAUCACAAAUCGUGGGCCUAAACUUAUCAGGCUCUGGCCUUCUCGGAAUGAUUUCACCUGCUUUUGCGAAUCUGAAAUCUCUACGCAGCCUCGACUUGUCAUCAAAUUCUCUUACAGGUCCAAUUCCGGCAGAACUUGGGAGCCUCUCAAACCUCACUGAGUUGCUUCUAUAUACAAAUCGUCUCUCUGGUGGAAUUCCUGCAGAACUUGGUCUCUUGCAAAAACUAACCACUCUUCGGAUUGGAGAUAACCUUAUCUCUGGACAUAUUCCACCACAACUUGGAAACUGCUCAAACUUACAGACGUUGGGUCUUGGCUCUUCUAGCCUUGAUGGAAGCAUACCAGUGGAACUUGGAAAUUUGAAGCUUUUGACCUUACUAAACUUACAGAAGAACUCCCUCAGUGGACCUCUCCCUGAAGAGCUCAUGGGCUGCACACAUCUUCAAAUACUUGCCGCAGCAGAUAACAGACUCAAAGGUGCAAUUCCACGUGCAAUAGGUAAUUUACAUCUAUUGCAGACUCUUAAUUUAGCAAACAAUAAUUUCACUGGUCCCGUCCCAGUGGAGUUUGGGAAUCUUUCGAGCCUUGAAUAUUUGAAUUUGCAAGGCAAUUGGCUCAGUGGUGAAAUUCCCUCCCAUCUGAAUCAGCUUAGCCAUUUAAGAACCCUUGACUUGUCCAAGAAUAAUCUCACAGGAGAAAUCUCAGUCGUAGCUAGCAAGCUACAAAACUUGCAAGCUGUGGCUUUAUCCGAUAACUUCCUCACUGGUAGUCUUCCUGAAGAUUUUUGCACCGGUAAAACAUCUUUGCAGAACCUCCUUCUUGGUGGAAACAAGCUUUCUGGUUCAAUACCCCAUUGCCUAUUGGAAUGUUCUGUUCUUCAUGUGCUUGAUCUCUCUGGAAACAGCUUAACAGGGGAGAUCCCGUCCUGGGUAGACAAAGUCGGAGACCUUACCGAUCUGCUUCUCCACAAUAACAGCUUGGUUGGAACUAUACCUCCAGAAAUUGGCAACUUGAGCAGCCUAGAAACUUUAUCCCUUCAUCAUAAUGUGCUCACUGGGCAGAUUCCUGCUGAUAUUGGGAAAUUGCAGAAGUUGAAGAUCUUCACUCUCUACGAAAACCAGCUGUCGAAAGAAAUCCCUCUGGAGCUAACGAACUGUUCCAGCUUGGAGGGGAUUGAUUUCUUUGGGAAUCAUUUCUCCGGUCCCAUUCCCUCAACAAUUGGUGACCUCAAAAAUCUUGUUUUUCUGCAAUUGAGACAAAAUGAUCUGUCAGGUCCAAUCCCUCCAAGUUUGGGACAAUGCAGGAAGCUUCAAGCUUUAGCUUUGGCGGAUAACAGAUUGUCAGGAAAAUUGCCUCCCACAUUCAGAUUUCUGACUGAAUUACAGAUAUUUACGCUCUAUAACAAUUCUCUGGAGGGCCCAAUUCCUCAAAGUCUGUCCUCUUUGCAAAAGCUUGAAUUCAUCAAUUUUUCAAACAACAAUUUCACAGGGACCAUUGACCCAAUUUGCAGUUCCAAAUCUCUAAAGAAACUUGACCUUACCAACAACAGUUUUACAGGUAAAAUCUCUCCCCAAAUUGGAAAUUGCAGUAAUCUGGUCCGCCUGCGGCUGGGUAUGAAUCAGUUGGUUGGUGAAAUUCCAAAUGAAAUCUCUCAGCUGACACAGCUCACCCUUUUAGAUCUCUCAUCGAACAAUCUGAGUGGUGAACUAGGACUCAAGCUCUCAACCUGCAAGCAAUUGAGCAUUCUAGACCUCAACGAGAACCGAUUCCUGGGUGAAAUUCCUUCAUGGUUGGGAAGCCUACACUCUCUUGGGGAACUUGACCUUUCUUCCAAUGAGUUCUCCGGCACCAUACGACCAGAGAUAGGAAACUGUUCCAAUCUCAUAAAACUCUCUCUUUCCAACAACCGCUUUUCAGGAGAAAUACCAUCAACCAUUGGAAACCUGGCUUCGCUAAACGUCCUGAACCUCCAAAACAACAAUCUUUCUGGUUCCAUUCCCACCACUAUCAGGAACUGCAAGAAACUCUAUGAGCUGAGGAUUUCACAGAAUUUUCUUAGCGGGUCUAUACCAAAGGAGGUAGGAGAACUGACAGAACUUCAGGAAGCACUAGACCUGAGUGAAAACUCAUUGUCUGGUGUGAUUCCACCAUCCUUGGGGAACCUCAAGAAAUUGGAGAGCCUGAAUCUUUCUCGAAAUCAUCUAGAGGGAGAGAUACCCAAAGCACUUGGGGGCCUCACAAGCUUGAACAAUCUGAAUUUGUCAGAUAAUCUUCUCCAUGGAGAGAUACCACAAGGACUUUCCAAGCUGCCAUCAGCUUCUUUCUUGGGGAACAUGAACCUCUGUGGGCCACCCCUGUCAUCAUGCUCAGAGCCGGUUGGUGGCGGAAGGAGAUGGAUGUCAAGGGCGGCUGUUCUGGGGAUCACAGUGGGCAUUGCAUUGACUGCUAUGCUUGUUUGUUUGGCUCUGUUGUAUGCAAUCCUUAGGAUAUGGUGCAACUACAGGAAGGUAUCAGUGUCCAGCUCCGACUUCAACGUUGGGCUUGAACACAGGAAGGAAGACGAGAAGUGGGUCCUCGGGAAAACGCAUCACUUGGGGCUGGUUGGUUCGCCAGAAGAGGAAAAACGCAAGGGAAAGUUAAAUUUUUAGCAGAAGAGCCGAAUGUUUAGCAGAUGUUCUCUUUCUUUCUCUCCCUUUAUCCAAUUUCUGUCAAUGCCUUUCUUUUUUCUUUUUUCAGAUCAAUGAGUUCAUUUAGAACGGAGGGCCUCCUGACUUUCGUUUGGCACCUCGAACAUAUGUAUUCAUUUGCUAUGUGACUACAAAUCCUUCAUUUUUCAAUUAAGCUACAUCGGUAGUUUUGGGAGUGC